AUGACUCAAAUCCGUUGGAUUACUGUAACUGGUAUGCCACUGCACAAUCACGUCCGCGUCCGCGCGCAAACAAAAACAAAAAAAUUAAAAUCAUCACCAGUACCAGUACCAGUACCAGUACCAGUGACAGCGACCGAGGGGAAACAAGAUUCCAACACAAUACUCGUUCAAUCACCACAAACACAAUUACAAUCACAAGUUUCAGAACAAACACAAUUACCUACACCACCACUCUCCUCAACAUCAUCACGAUCAUCAUCUCCUCCUCCUAUACCACCUCUAACACGCAAACAACGACGACAAGCCCUCCUUGCGCAAUCUCUUGCUUUCGAACUCUCUAUUUCUAUCGUGCCUAAAUCUACGGCUACGUCUACCUCUAAUUCGAAUUCUGAAAGCGAUGCCUCGAAAUCCCUAUCCUUGAAUACAAAUACAACAACAACCAACCACAAAAACCCACACCCGAACUCGAAUCUCGAAAACUCCCCCCUCGUACCCCCCCUCUCCCUCCCCCCCACCAUGACCCGCCUCCUCAUCUGCUCCAUCGGCAACCCCGCCCCCUACACCAACACCCUGCACUCCGCCGGACACACGAUCCUCACUCUCCUCGGAUCCACGCUCUCCCUCUCCCCCUUCAGCAAAUCGCGAUCCCACGGCAAUGGGCUCCUCUCCCCUGGCACCCCCUACACACUCUGGAAAUCCAGCUCUUCCAUGAACAUAUCCGGUUCUGGGGUCCACGCCGCCUGGACAACCUUCCUACGCGAAUCCUCCUCCUCAUCCUCUCCCUCCUCUACCGAUUGCAAAUUAGUUGUUAUCCACGACGAACUCGAGUUGGCGCCUGGGAGAAUAAAUGUUAAACCGGGGAGCAAUAGUCCAAAGGGUCAUAAUGGGUUGAAGAGUAUACGCGAUGCGUUGCGAGGACAGGCGUAUACGCGGAUUGGGAUUGGGAUUGGCAGGCCCGAGAGUAGGGAUGCGGGGGUUGUGGCGGGGUAUGUGUUGAGGAAGAUGAGUGCGGAGGAGAAGAGGAAGAUUGAGGGGUGUGUGGGGAAUGUGGUGGAGGAGUUGGGUAGAUUGAGUGGGGAGUAG